AUGAAAUAGAUGUCUUUGUUAGAAAAUUAGAAUAUCAUAUCUUUUAAUCAGCAAAACUUAAAUGAGAAAAAGAAAUUGUAGUAGUUUUUGAUUGAAAACGAUAUUAGCUUUAUCUUGAAUAAAUAAGGAGUUUAUGAAGCUACAAUAAAAUUAACGCAGGAUGAUAAUAAAAAUGAAAAUAAUAAAUCACAAUCACCAUAAAAGUUAGUUUAAAAGGACAAUAAAAAUAAUCAAGCAUAGUAAAAUAAUAACAGCAGCAAUGAAAAAAAUAACAAAUAAGGUAUUAAAUAAUAACCAAGCAAUAAAAAGCAAGAAAAUAAUGUGCAAGAAAAUGGAAACCAAAAUAAAUUUUAGCAAUAUUUAAAUGAAAAAAUCAAUGUUUUUUAGUAUUUGAAUGAUUAAAAAAGGAAAUCAAUAUCUCCUUCACAGUAAAAACUUACAAAGAAUCUAAGCGAAAAUGUUAUUAAUGGUUAGAAUAAUAAUAUUACUAGCGGUAUUAAAUAAAACAAUAGUGAAAAAGCAGGAGCUAUAAGUAGAUAGAAUUAAAGUUCUUAGUAGUCUCAGUAUUCAAAAUCUAGGCCUGGAAGUAAAUUAAAUUAUAAUUAAAAAGUAGAAGAAGCUGCUCCAAUAAUCAGUUAGUAACAAUAACUUUAAUAGCAAUAGUAAAAUUAAGCAAGCAAUAGUGGAAAGAAGUAAUCUAAAUAGUAGAGUUAAAAUAGAAAUUAUGUUAACACAGAGUCUUCGCCUUAUAGAACAGAUUUCUAGACUAGAUGGAGACUUAAUCGCUCACGCACACCAGAAUCCCCUAACACAAGGGAGAUGAUAGAUAUUUCUAUGAUAGAGCUAAUCAAAAAUAGACCUUAAACAUCAAACUCAAAGAAAAAAAAAUAGCAGAAAGAGAUUUUUAAGUCAUAAUAAGACUAAGAUUAAUUUAAUAAGACUGCUUUUAUGGGCUUAGAGAACGAAAAAUAAACUAUAUAACCAUAGCAAAAGCAGAGCUCUCCUAAUAUAAACAGCUAAUUUAAUAAGAGUACGAAACUUAAUUUCGAUACUACAUUAAUUUUAAAAAAGAAUGGCUAAAAUCUAUAGGAGUAAGCUACUCCUGAAAAGAAAAUAAUUGCCUUGCAAAAAGUUGACAAUAAAGGUAUAUAGAAUUAAUUCACUAUCAAUCUUGUCGAAGAUGCUUCUGCUUUUAAAAACAGGAGUAACUCAUCAAAUAACCUGGAUAGAAAAAAAACUGUAAAUUAGAAUUUUGAAGCAAGCAAUAUAUUUUAGAAGAAUAAAAAUUAAGAAAUAUUUGGUAAAAGCACUAUAUUGGGUGAAAAUAAGCUUCAAAACAAGAAAUAAAGUUCUGAUAAAUUUAAUUAGUCACAGGCUUUAUGGCUGAAUAACAUGAAAACGGCCUCUUUUAAUAAAAAUGAGCAACCUAAAGGCGAAAAAUAACUAACUGAUGAAAAUUUAAUUUAUAAUACGCCAUCAGCUAAAAAGAAAAAAGAAAAUACAAGAAAGAGCUAAUUCGAAAAGUUUCCAUCGUCAGCAGAAAUAAUCAAAAAAAUUUAAAAUAAUUAUAUGAAUCCUGUCCAAUAUCCUGUUGUUUAAGAUCAGUAUAAUUACACAGCUAUUUAAGCAAAUCCAAAAUCCUAAAAAACUUAUUAAUCUCCACCAAAAAAUGAAUCUUAACCCAGAAAAAGUGUAAUUUUAAGCAACUUCACAGAUUAAAAUUAAUCUAAAUUAUAAGCAACUCCAACUAAAACAAAAAACGAUAAAAUAGCUCCAGAAAAAAAGAAUAAAACUGAAUUUACUCCUGAAAAGACAGGUGCGUUUACUAUUGAAGACUUUUCGCCUGCAAAAAAUUAAACAGAAUAAAAUAAAUCAAAAGUUUAGGUAACUCCUUCGAAAAUUAUCACAGCAAAAGGAUCAGCAGACAAAAGUAAAUCCAAGCAUAAGAACGAAUUUACACCUGAUAAACCUGGUUUUUUUACCAAAGAUGACUUCUUUCCAAACUCUGAGCAGAGCAAACAAAAAAAUUUUUAAAACAAUACAAUAAACAGCUUUAAGAAUUCAACCCUAUAAUCAUCAUUUCAAAGCAAGACAAUUUAGAAAGGUGUAUAAAUGGCUCCUAAAGGAGCAGGUAUGACAUAAAGUGAAAUAUCGAUGAACGAAAGAUCGUUAAGUAGCAAUAAAAAAGAAGGAUAGUAAUUAAAAAAUACGAAAGAUAGGUAGAAUAAAAAAAAUUAGUCUUCUAGAUCGAAUACUCCAGAUAAAAGUGUUUCACUUAGUGAUGCAUCAAUAAAUGAUCGGUUGAGCUUUUUUAGAAAUUCAAGAUUAUCAAAUAUGCCUGACAUUAAACUAAAAGUUAAAUAAAAUCAUAAUUACUCAGCUGUUUUACUCCCAAAUGAAAGUUUGAAUGGUAGUAGACCUGCUUCUAAGGUAGGAAUGAGAGGCACAAAUGAUAAUAUUUUAAACAGUCUAAAUAACUAAGAGCAUUUAGAUUAGAAUGUUACCUAAAAUCAUUUAAUGAACAGUUAACCAAGAAAAUCAAUGAUUUAAUAGCAUGAAGAAUUGAAUGGAGUUUACAAUUAACAAUCUAUAAAUUUUAUGAAACAAAAUAUGUAGAAUUACAACUCUAAAAAUGAUAAAGAAGAUCCAAAGCACUAUUAAAUUAAUCUAAAUGAUGCAGAAGAGGAAAUACACUAAAACAACAAAUAAAUAGAUUAAAUUGAAAGGCUGAAAUAAAACAAUCAUUCGCCAGAAAUGAGAAAGUAAAAUAAAUCAGGAUAGAGAGGUUCGAUUUUGCUAUUAAAUAAUAAAAAUGAUAGAGAUUAGUUUGAAUAGGACUACUUUUCAUUUAAUAGUAAUAAUGUCAAUAAUUAAUUUAGUUCCCAAAAAAUGCUUUCAUCUUAAUUUAUGAAUGUUGACAAGAAUGAUCCAUAUUUACAAAUUUUCAGAGAUGAAGAUCUGAGAAUGAGUUAAGGAGCCUAAGAUCAGCUAGAAAGCACUCAUAAAUAUACAAAAAUAGAGAAAUCUAGUCCUUCAAAAAACAUCAAUAACAACUCUUAAAUGGUUUUAGCAGCUGACGAUGUAAAUGUAGAAUAGUUGAGCAGCAAUGAGCUAGUUCACUACUAUAAAUUUAUUCUAGAAAAGGCAAAGUAAAAUCAAUUCUAAGUGAUUAAAAGUAGUAAUAAUUAGAAUCAUAAAACCAGCCAAUAAAAAAAGUGA